GAAGUUCUUGGCAGAACCGAGAGAGGGAGGCGGCGGGAAUGUCACGCCCAACCCCUGGCCGAGGCGCGCGGGAACCCACGCUAUUGCUGCCUUGAGAGAGGGCGGGCAGUGGGAGAGCGACUCCAGUAGCAGCCAUGACUCCUCCCUGCGGGGCGGGCAACUGAGGGGAGCUGCAUUCAGCCAGCGUUGGAGGAAGAAGCGAGGUGGCUAGCCCUUCCCUUUGCCUGUACCGGUUGGGCUAAUGGACUAGAAACUUAGGAGCGAGGCUUUCCCCCUCCCACAGAGAGCGUGGGAAGGGGUUGAGGGAGAAGUGUUCCCUCUCGCGACUGCCUCUCUGCACGAAAUCCGGCAAAGGGGGCGACAGCUGGCGCCUUCAUUCGUUGCUGGAGAUGUCUGGGGGGAGUAGCCGGAGGAGAGCCGGUUCCUCCUGGCAUAGCAGCUUCUCCCGACUUUUUAAUAGGAGCUUAUCCAAGGAGGAAGAGGGCAAAGCAGUCCCCCAGCCACAGGCAACAGACAGCUUUGAAGUUAAGGAAAAUGAAUCUACCAGUGUGGCAUGUCGGAGAAAGGAAAAUAACCCUCUCCCAGAUCUGACAAAGAUUCCAGUCUGUGAAAAUAAGAACCUCUCAACUGAAGAACUGAGCAAGUCCCCAACUUGGGAAGAACUAAAAAAAGCAAGUAGUCUGCCGAGUUUGGCUCACGAAGGCAAGACUGCCAUUAACAGACAGCCCAAAGAUGGAUUUCUUCAAUUUCUUGGGAAUUUAUUUGGUAUUGCUUCUAAGUCCUCCUGGAAAGAAACUGAACAGUCCAUCCCUGGAGAUGGCAGGAGCAGAACAGGGAAGGACUUUGGAAGUCCAGCUAUCCACCAGAAUGGGGCACAUUCUGAACCAGAAAUACUUGGCUUUUCAGUAUCUAGAAAUGCAUGUGGGGUGUCUGAUAAAGAUGAAGAGAGAAACAUCUGUUCUGAAUUGCAAGACUUACAGAAAGCACAGGAAAAAAAUGCUGAAGCCUCAAAAAAAACAGACUGUGAGCUGGGCACACCUGCAGUUACUUAUGCAACAUAUCGAGGCUCAGCAAGAAUUAAGCGGCUGCUUAAGAAGCGAGCAGAACUAGAGCAAGAAAAGGAAGAUCAAAACAGCGUUAUUUGUUCUUCUGCCAAAAACAAUCAGACUGUCGACUUUCCAGAAUUGGAAAUUACUGCAAGAAAAGCAGGAUUAUCUUUAAAGGAAAAUUCAAAACUUGGGACAAAAGACAACACAAAAGAUGCACAGAUGAAUACCUUCCUGGCAGAAAUGAGUCUGAAAAAUAAUUCUAAGGAAAUCUUGAGUAGCAGUGACAGCAGAGAAUCAAACAAUGCAAUUACCAUAUUGGCAGAAAUUGAAAUCAUGAAAAAUUGCAUCAAAGAUGUGGUUUCUGUGAAACAUGCUUCAGCUUCCAAGACACCAGAAGUUAAUAGGAACCUUCUGUUAGAUCCAGUAUUGUUGCCAAAGGAAGCAGGUUCUAGUUGCCAGAAUAAAGAUCCUGCUAGAAUGAGUUCACCAAAUAACAGAUUGGUUGAAAUGGGAGAGGAGGUAUUAGGGAAAACAGAAACACAGCUUCAGCCAAACAAUGCUACCAUUGUUGACUUGCAAAAAGGAAUUCAUUUUUGUGCUCUUUCUAACACAGAAACAAAUGAGACAAUUCAACAUGAAUUUUCAUCUUCCCUUAAAGUAUACUCUUUUGAUGAUGAUGAACAACAGUUGUUAAAAAACAAAUGUCCCUGUGAUAGUUAUGUUGAUGAUCAGCUGAAUCUAAAAUCAGGUGACCAGAUAUUGCAUUUAAAUAAUCAGUUGUGUAGUGGACAGAAAGUUAGCAGUAUAGCAAAUGGAAAUAAAGGUUCACACAAGCAAUUAACUAAAGAGAAGGAGCAAAUUUCACAAAUCAUUUCAUCAAAUGUACACUUGGCUCUCCAUGGACAAAGACAUCAAGAAGAAUUUCAUGAUGUGGAAUGCAACAGUACAGCAACAGAAGGAAUGAAUCUGUCUGUUUCAACCCAGUUCCCAGAAACAGUUCAAGAGGUAGACAUGCAGAGCAAAAAUAGUCCAAAGAACAAGAGGACAACAGAGUCAGUGGAAUUUACACAAAUCAAUCCAAACUUCACCAUGAUUUCUGAGACUGAAACUAACUCUGUUACCGUGGGGAAUUUUGGUAUUCCUUUAGUUGAGAGAGGCCAUGUUGAAGUAACAGCAUUGCCCAACAUUACUCAGGUGAGCAACACCAGCACUUCUCUGUCAUCUGCAGAGUGUGAAAAUGGGCAGUACUGGAUGCCAUGUACUUCCUUAGAAACUGAAGAUGACACCACUGGCAAAGCCAUGGCUCCUGAGGAUAAUUCCCCUUUGAUCCUUGAAACCAACAAUGGAAGCUGCCAUUAUCUUAGCCACAGAAAUGAUGGGACCCUCAUGCAAAAAUCAGUCAGUUUAAAUGAGUCUCUUCUUCUUGAAGGUGGAGCCAAGCCUCUUGAAUAUGAGAAGACAACGCAUAUAAGCACAAGAUCUUCUAUCACAACCAAGCCUUCAUCUCUUCAAACUGCAGAAGUUAUGGUUAAUAACCUAUCUAUAUCUACAGAAAAAAAUGAUCCGUUAGCUCAUGAAGUGACAGAUCAUUUUGAAACAGAGAAGGCACCCAUUGCUUCUGAAAUUAAAGAGAUAGUUAUGAUUGGUCUGUCUCCUAUUUCUCCUUCUAAAGAAGCCUUCUUGCCCAAGGACUCCCCUGCUGAUGUGAAACCAGAAAAGAACAGUUCUCCAACAGUUCUUUCUUCAACAUCUAUCUUGGCCAAUAAUGUUUCCAUCUUUGAAGAUAGCAUCUCUUUGGAUGAUGUGUCUAAAUCUAUGCCUAACGCUGAUCAGAAUGUAUUGAAAACGUCAUGUUUCUUGUCUAAUGAUAAACAGGAGCACACUAACAAAUCAGCAGGUGCUGAUUUUGGUAAAACGUGCUGUUUUGUCUCUACAGGUGAAAAUAUUCAAGGUAGCAAAAAAUCAGAGAUCUGCGGACCUUUGAGCACUCUUACUGCUGCUGAAUUUGGGGGUGCAGAUGAAAUUUCUGAUACUGUCCAGGAAUCUGCAGACGUUCCGGAGACUAAGGGUAUCUCUGACAGUCUUCAAAAUGCUAACAUUGGGAGUGAGAUUUUGCCCUGCUCUGAAGAAACAGAGACAUCUGGAACAUGGCCCUUGUGCUCUGGAUCCAGUCUAAGAAAAGAGAUGUUUCCUGUUUCCACAUAUGAAGAUGUGUAUGCUUGCAAGUCUGCUUUUCCUACUUCUGGCUUUAAAGAUAUGCCAGAGCUAUGUUCUGCUACCUGUGAAACAAUUGAUAUAUUAGGCAAGAAACAUUCUUUUUCUAAUAAUUCUAAAGAUGGUAUCACAAUUUCAUCAAACCAUAAGUCUGGCACUCUACUGACUGGAUCAUCAUCUGAAACUACUUGCUCAGCCCCAUUUGUGGAUUUAUUUGCCUCAGACAUAGAAACAGUACAUCCUGUAAAGACAGUAUUAGAAAAGGCAUUCACAGUACAACUGGAGAAAGAGAUGCAAAUAACUCCUUCACAGAAAGUAACUCCUUAUUGCCUUAUUGCUUCUGUUUCAGAAGACCCUGUUGAAAUGGAUGAUCAAGCAGUUCCUAAUUUGCUUACAAAAUCAGGCAGCCAGUUCUCUGACAAAACACUGAAAGAUGUUGAAACAGGAAAACAAGUACAAAUUAGAUCCCAAGACUUAGCUGUUUUGUUUAAAAAGGCUGAUGAAAUAGUUGAUGCAGUUCUGUAUUUAGCUAUUGAAGAAAUACAAUCAAAGCAAGCAGUGGGUGUCUGCCAGACUAAUGACAUUAAAGGAAGUUUAUUGGGACCCAGCCCUCAAAAAGAUCAGAAAAUGAGAAAAAUGUUGUCGGAAUCAAAAGAAAUCCAGCUAAAAAACUUGUCAUUAAAACAUUUUAAUGAGACUUGUAUCAGAAGACUUUCUGGAAUUAAAUGGAAAAAUACAGUUGACACAAGCAUUCAAGAUGAAAUGAUGCCAUUUGACAUGACUAAUAAAAUUGAUCUACAUAGUUCACUAGCACUAAAAGCAAAAGAAAUAUUUGAUGAUGAUGUUAAUGCAGCCAAACAUAAGCUGAUGUACAGUGAACAGGAGGAAAAUCUGAGCAAGGACCCUUCUCAAAAUACAGUAUGUAUGUCUAAAACUGAAGCACCAGAGAGACUGAUUAUGAAUAAUAAAUUAACAGAUAAGCUUUCCGAAACAACCAAAGAACAAUAUUUAAACCAGGAAUACUCAGCUGAAGUACAUAAUGUAACUGUUGAGUUUGAGGUAGCAAGCUCCUUGGAUUCUCUGCACAUAGAUGAUGACAAAAAAGUAACAAGAGGAGAAAUGGUCCCAAAUAAAGUAUUUGCAUGGCAAAAUUAUAGAGACAAAUGUAGUGAUUCCACAGCUAGGCUAGAAUCCAAUCCUGAAACAGUAGGUAAUGACAAAAACAAUCAGGAUAUCAAUGGCAGUACACACGUCACACAGGUUGGUAACAAAAUGAGUGAUACAGGUGAUAAAUCUGAUUAUGUCUUAUAUGCAGGAAAUGGAGAGACUGUUAUGGCAAGAGAACAACUGCCAUCAUGCCUAUCUCUGCCAGAGAAUGUGUCACUGCCAGCCUUUAACUCAAACGUUUAUACAUACACUUGUGUUUCUAACAAAUCUGAAGGGGAUUAUAGGCCUUUACUUGGAAAUGACAUUGGGGAUGAUUUGUCCAAUUACAGUUACAACUACAAUACCCUCCAGUUCUUUGCAACAGAGGAACCACAUGGAAGCUCUUGUGUAACAGGCAGUGGAAGGGGUUAUGACAAAACUAAGAAAGACUGUACAGAAUUGCAGAAUAAAAACAGUACAUCUGAAUCAUCUAUAAAGAACAAUUCACCAACAAUUAAGUCAAAUUUUGCCUAUGAAGAAGAACAAAUAACUGGGGUUAUUAUGAAUGAUUUGUGCAAGGAAAAUUACAUGGAUGGUACCAGAGAGAAGUCCCCACAGUGUUCUGCCUUUUCUUUACCAAAAGAGUGGGAAGGUGAUUCUUCCUUCGCUAUUUUGUAUGAGAAUUCUCUUCAGGAGGACAGCUGUUCAUCUGCAGAACCAGAACACUCCUUGCCAUCACUUCCUGGUCUCCCCCUGAAUAAUAUUGAGCAUCUUCUGAUGUAUGAAGCAGCAAAGGGCAAACAUAACUCUGGGCAAACUUAUGAAGAUAGCAACCAAGUAAAUGAGAUGCUAGACAGUACUUGUUCAGAAUCGUUCAUGACAGUUGAGGCAAAACGUUACAGAGUUUAUCCAUUCUCUCUGUCUCCCAUAUAUGAAGAUGACAGUUCACAAGAUUUGCUGUCAACAGACAUCUCACCGGGAGGUCAUUCUAGUGAGAAAUCAAGAGACAGCAAUAAUCCAUCAUAUGUUUUAUCACUUCUGCAGUCAGUAUCUGAACGGCUGAAGUCUAGUAACCAGUAUUUUGAAGAGGAAGACAGACUUUGUGAAGAAAAUGAACUAGAAGAUAAAAAAGAAGUAUGUGUUCCAGGUUGCUGGGCAGGCAGUCCAAGUGCAGCAAUCCUGCAUGACAGGAAUUUGCUUUCUAGGCACUUGCUUAUUCCUCAGGAUACACUUUCUGAAGAAGAGGCCUCACCUCUUACCUCAGUGGAUUCAGUUCAGCUGACACAAAAAUGUGACCUUGACAAUAAGCCUUUUUCCAGGAGUGUGUUCUAUGAAUAUUUACAGAACGCAGGCAGUUACACAUGUUUGAAGGAAGGAAGAUUUGAAAAUCUUUUAGUGACAAAGGGUCAUCCAACCAAGUAUAAUCUGCAAAAAUGUGGAGCUUUCCAAGUGUAUCCCAUUGGCAGAGAGAAACUCAGAUGUAAUCCAAGACCAGGAAAAAUGGUUAUUUGUGAUCUUAAGGACAGCAAAAAUAAACAUGAAAUUUACCGUGAUGAACUAGAUACUACAACCUGGAUGUUUUCAAAUGAAGCAUUAAUCAAAGUUGUUAGAGGAUGCUGGAUGUUGUAUGAAAAACCUCAGUUUCAAGGUCAGAAUUUCAUUCUGGAAGAAGGAGAGACAUUACUGAGUGAUAUCUGGAAUACUCACACUGAGAAGCCUCAAGGAAAUUUCACAGUUGGUUCAAUCAGACAAGUAGUGAAGAGUUGUAGUGUUCCUGAGAUUGAGCUUUCUCCACAAACUGACACAGAUAAUUCCCCAGUCUGUAUUCAGAAUGCAAUUGCUAAUUUAGAAGAACUGGAAGUCAAAAAUCCUACUCUUCUUGUCAAAGCAGGAGUAUGGCUUGCCUAUUCAGAAGCUAGUUACAAAGGAGAGGUGAUGGUUUUGGGAGAAAAUCACAAUCUAUAUGAGCUUUCAGCAGCUGAUGUAAAAUCUCUUCAUCCAUUGAAAAUGGGUGGCCUCAAAGUACAAAUGCCCAUGAAUGUUAAGAUGGUGAUUUAUGAAAAACCACACUUUGAAGGAUGGUGCAAGGAGUUUUCUGAAAAUAUUGAUUAUGUUCCAGCGCUAUUAAAAAAUUCUGAUGAAUUCCAAGGGAUUGGAUCAAUAUGUGUUGUUGGUGGGAUAUGGGUUGCAUAUGAGAAGGAACGCUAUAAGGGACAGCAGUACCUGUUAGAGGAGGGGCAGUAUGAUGAUUGGCAGUCGUGGGAUGGAGUUAGCAAUGUCCUGCUAUCUUUUCGAUUUCUGCAAGCUGACUUUAUGGAGUCUGAAGUCACACUUUUUGAAAUGGAUGAGGAAAAUGGAAAGCUGCUGGAGAUAGUAAAUGAAGAAAUUCCUGACUUGGAUCAGGCUGGAUUUGGUUCCAUGACAAAGUCACUUAAUGUUAAGAGUGGCGUGUGGGUUGCUUAUCAGCAGAAGUACUUCUGUGGAGAACAGUAUGUAUUGGAGAAAGGGAAAUAUAAAUGUUUUCUUGACUGGGGAGGACAAAAUGAGACUAUCAUGUCAAUCCGUCCUAUUAAAUUGGAGCCACUGGAACACCAUGCACCCCCACACUGCCUAAAAGCUUUCAGUAACACACAUUUCCAGGGAUUGUGUUUGGAUUUUACAAAAGAGAUUUCUGAUUUUGCAUCAUUCAAGCCAUGUUCUUUUAAAGUUCUGCGGGGAUGUUGGCUGUUAUGUUACCAGGGAGAAACCACUGACAACCAGUGUGUGCUGGAAGAAGGCCUUUACACUGACCUUGCCUCCUGUGGAUGUCCAGUGGCUGCAGUCAUGUCCCUUCGGCCUAUUGAAUAUGUUUUUGCUGAACCCUUCAUCAGCCUUUUUGCCUUGGAAAACUGUGAAGGCAGAGAGCUUCAUUUGCAAGAAGCUGUUGGUUCUGUUCUGAAUAAGGAUCUUCACUUUCUUACUCAAUCUGUGUGGGUGAGAAGUGGACAGUGGAUCGCAUAUGAAGGAAGCAAUUUCUUGGGAAAACAAUUUCUUCUUGAACCCGGCAAGAUUUUAAACUGGACCCAUUUUAGUUCUUGGAAAGCCAUUGGUUCCCUUCGCCCUGUGAAGCAGCCAGCUGUAUACUUCAGAAUAAAGAACAGAUCCCAAGAUAAGUAUCUAACCAUUGCUGGGAAUCUAACAGAUGCAAGAGCUACAUCAGUAUGUCUUUCCCCAGUAAAUGGCAAGGAUACACAGAUCUGGCGCUAUAGAUGUGGACUCAUCAAAUCCAAGGUUAAUGAUGCUUGCCUUGAUGUCAUUGGAGGCAGAGAUGUACCUGGAGCUAAAGUAGCACUAUGGGUAGAGCAUGGAAAGGCAAGGCAAAAAUGGACAUUCAACCAGGAUGGGACCAUCAGCUCAUACCUCAGUGACCAGCUUGUUCUUGAUAUUAAAGGAGGAUAUUACUACGAUAGGAACCAUAUUGUUGUAAACCAACUCAAUAUAAGUGAAUGCACACAGAGGUGGGACUUUGAGAUAUUAUGAGUGACCGUAAAGACAUUAGAACAUGGACCAAUGUGACCUGAAGAUAACUCUUGAACAAACUACUUGAAGUCACACAACACUGGACCACAGAGUAUCUGCCUGACUUCACCGUAUUUGUCAAGUUAUAAAGUUUUUUUUUAAAAAAACUAGACUGUGGGAAGUUAAUCCUGUAUAAGCAGCAUUGCUAGAAGGGACCCUGAAGCAGAUUUAGCACAGAGUCCUAUUAAGUAAUGGGCAGUAGCGGACAUUACUGUGGUGACUCUGCAGCCUCUUGUUGCUUAUUUAUUUUGUGUUUUUCUAACUUUUUUUUUGCAAGUAAGGAUAGCUUUGUAAAACUUUUGACUGAAAAGCUUUUCUUACUUCCUUCAGUUUUUAAAAUUGCCAGUGGAAACUUACUGAUUAUUGCACUCUUCUUUUCAUGUUUAAAUACCUUGUACUUGGACAAUCACAAGUGAUUAGUCUCAGGUAAGCUUCAUCAUUCUACUUUAUGUACACUACUACUUUGGCCUAUAUCCAAACCUCAAAAUGUAAUAAAACCAAUGUUGUGAGAAUUGUAUGUGAAAAGGCAGUUUAUUUCUUCCUACUGGCUCUCUAUUCUCAGGAGCAUUCUAUUAUCUGUAAAGUAGUUCAAGAGUAUUUAGGCGGAAGUUAUGUGAUUAUUCCCCAUCUGUUUAUGCAACAUUGAAAUUACAGGCUGGUGGAGAAUAUACUUUCACACAACUCUGAUAUAAUGCAAUAUCUGCAGUUUAAUUAUUUGUAGAAAAGUUGUCUGCAAUUUAAGAAUUGUAUGUAGUUAAUAACCCUGGUCAUUUCACCAAUCUAGCCAAUAUUUGCUUUAAAAAGCAAGUAUUUCUGAGCUGGGAUGGUGAAACUUGUAACCCUAGUUCUAUAACUAGACUAUUGCUUUAAUGUCAUAAAUUUAUAAAAAGGCCAUACUGACCACUAUGCAUGAGAUGUGACUGAAUCUCAGGACAUUGGUUUUCAUGUCUGUAAGGGCUACUGAAUUAGAUCAGAGCUCUAAUGCAAGAGGAGUUACCACUUUCCUCUGGUUUUCCCAACCUAAAUUCUUCUCCUUUCCAACAGCACUUGCUGUAUGCACCCUUGGGAAAAAAAUUCAUUACCAAGCAGGGAGAGGGAAUGUUAAUAUCUGGUAUCAAAUUGCUCUGAUCCAAUUAAGCAGAUUCAGCUCACCUUUCAGUGAAAAUGAUUCUGUCUUGCAAUCCCAUCACAAAUAUCCUGUCCAAUGGGUGUUUUGUUCCUCUUAUAUUCUUGUGGUAACUGCAGCUGUCACUGUAUUCCUUGAUCAUCUCAAAUUGCUGUCAGUAGCUAAUUUAAUGGUUCAUUUUAUAAAAAUGAGGGGCAAAGAAUCUAUGUGCAUUGGGCAAAAUCCAGCCUAACAUAAAAGCACUUUUAGUCUGAUUUCAGAAGGGAGCUAUUACCUACUAGAGAUCACAUCAUUUUGUAAGAAAACUGAAUAUUUAAAAGAAUUUCUUGAGAAUUCCAGCAUAAGUUCAGACUUGAGUCUCUUAAUACCCAAUUUUCUCCAUCUUUAAAAUCUGAUCCACGAUAAGCAUUGUGUUACUCAACUUGAAUGUUAAGUUGUGGUUUAAAAUGCCAGUUCACAGGGUGAUGCUAUCACUGUAACAGAAAGGUGUGUGCUGGCAGAUGUUCUUUCCACUCCAAAUCAAAACACACAAAAUCCCUUUAAAAACAUUUAUGCUGUUCAGCAAGAGAAAGGAGCAGUGGCACUUUUUUCUUAAAGGUAGGGGGCUUCAUGCUCAUGCUUAGCUGUUGGAUUGCAUGAGAGCAUAUCCAGCUGGCAAUUAUAUACAUAUGGGUACUGGAUCUGAUAACUGCCCAAGCUGGAGCUGUUGUCUCCUGUGCUGAGGGGGGUGGAACCCAGUAGUGGCUUAAGUAUGUCUUAAAUAUAACCUUGUAAGUAAAUAAAAUCAAAAUCAAUUAACUAAAACAAAAAAAUCAGUUUUUUUCUUUCACUUCUGAUCAUUAAAAACUAAACUGCUAUGGAAAAGAUGAGAAAGCUGCAAGGUUACCACCAACAGAAACUUGGACAAACUCUAUUUUUAUAUCUAGUGAUUGUAAUCUUAAUAUAUUCAGAAAAUCUACCUAAGAGCUGGUUCUACACUUCAGCUGUAGCCCCAGCCAGUCCAAUCCCAGACACAUGGAAGCACAGCCUCCCAGGCUAUGUAUCAUCUCCUACUGCAGUUGGCAACAAACUGGAACAGGUACAACAGCUCUUUACUUAAGGCAGGGAUACCUCAGGAUUUUGGUUUCUGACCACAGACUAUAUUAGUAUCCACCUGUAACAGCAGCAUUCAUUGGUUUGAGUGAUCUGCGUUGUUUCCAGUCCCUAGGUACAAGCUUGGUUUACUAGAGCUACAUGAAAGUGCACUGCUGUAUAGGUAUGUGGAAUAUGCCGAUUGCACUUUAGAUUGUAAAGGGGAAAAAAACUGAUCAAUUUCCAUUUAUACUCUCCUUUAAAUAUAUUUUCAUCCAAAGCACUUAGCAAUAGCCAGAAAAAUCUGUCUAUUAGAUAUCAAACACAAUAAAACAAUUUUUAAAACUUCGUGGUUUCAAGGCUAUGCAAUAUCCCAUAAACCUCAACUUGUCUAUCAGUGUUAUGUCUUGGAAGUCUGAUCCAGUUCCAUGUCCAGAGAUCCUGCAUUCAGAGGCGGUGCUUAGAGCUGUUGUGUGGAGGCCUACCUAGCCAUUACCACCCCUACACACAGUACAAAUUACUUCUGACCUACAGCACCAGUAAUAGAAGAACGAUAGAAGGGGGGAUUGGACAGUGGAUCUGGAUCAUACUCUCAGGAGUUUAAUGAAAAAUUGUGAAUGUAUAUUACAUUGUAUAGAAUGCUGCAGGGAAGAUCGGUCUACAUUGUUCAUUUUGUACUGUCUCAAAAAGCAAUAAUUUUUUAGUAACUGGUAACUGAUGUUCCAAUCUUUUGCAUUUUGUCUAAAAAGUGACCUUAUAUAUGGUGUCGAUAGAGGAUGCAUCUCUGUACCACUGGAUUAAAACACUUUAAAAUGCA